CAAGGCCGAGAUGACUUCCAAAGAGGAUGGCAAGGCGGCGCCGGGGGAAGAGCGGCGGCGCAGCCCGCUGGAUCACCUGCCGCCUCCCGCCAACUCCAACAAGCCGCUGACUCCGUUCAGCAUCGAGGACAUCCUCAACAAGCCUUCUGUGCGGAGAAGUUACUCGCUGUGCGGGGCGGCGCACCUGCUGGCGGCCGCGGACAAGCACGCGCCGGGCGGCUUGCCCCUGGCGGGCCGCGCGCUGCUCUCGCAGACCUCGCCGCUGUGCGCGCUGGAGGAGCUCGCCAGCAAGACCUUUAAGGGGCUGGAGGUCAGCGUCCUGCAGGCAGCCGAAGGCCGCGACGGGAUGACCAUAUUCGGGCAGCGGCAGACCCCCAAGAAGCGGCGAAAGUCGCGAACAGCCUUCACCAACCACCAGAUCUAUGAGUUGGAGAAGCGCUUCCUCUACCAGAAGUACCUGUCCCCCGCUGAUCGCGACCAAAUCGCGCAGCAGCUGGGCCUCACCAACGCUCAGGUCAUCACCUGGUUCCAGAAUCGGCGUGCCAAGCUCAAGCGGGACCUGGAGGAGAUGAAGGCCGACGUGGAGUCCGCCAAGAAACUGGGCCCCAGCGGGCAGAUGGACAUCGUGGCGCUGGCCGAACUCGAGCAGAACUCGGAGGCGGCGGGCGGCGGUGGCGGCGGCUGCGGCAGGGCCAAGUCGAGGCCUGGCUCUCCGGCGCUCCCUCCGGGCGCCCCGCAGGCCCCCGGCGCCGGGCCCCUGCAGCUCUCUCCUGCCUCCCCGCUCACGGACCAGCCGGCCAGCAGCCAGGACUGCUCAGAGGACGAGGAAGACGAAGAGAUCGACGUGGACGAUUGA